AUGAACAGUGGAGAACAGAGCAACGAGCCAUCGCCAUCGGCUGGAAUCUCCAUGGCCGCACUCGACACCCUCGACCCAGACGCCUUUGACUGGACAGCCUACAGCGGCACUUACAAAGGCCGCGCUCUCAUCACCCGCCUCACCUUCAUCUCCAACCUCAUUGUCCAUGCCUCCCAGUCGCCUACACCACGCACCCUCGUACUGGCCCGCGCCGCUGCACUCCAGGCCAUCCCCUUGCUCAAGGAGACCCUCGACACGGACCUCUACCUCCGUAUCGUGGGCCUGAUCGACGCUACGCUCCACCCGGACAAGUUGCCCCACCCUGCUGCUGCUGGUGGCAGUGGAAACGCCGACGAGCCCAUGGAUAUCGACUCGGUGUACGCACGCAAGGGAGCUGAAAAGGACGGCCGUCCCGACGCUGUCUGGAUCGAGGAGAGGCGCGCCACCCAACAGGCCGAGGAGAACCGUCUGGGGGUCGAGCUCAAUGGAUACAUCAGCAACCUCUACAAGGAGAGCAUUCGACUCACGUACCUCGACAUGGCCAAGCUUGACCUCAAGGCCGGCUCGCUCCCCAAGGCCGUCACCGCCUUCCACCACGCCCGCGAAUACUCGUCUGGUCCGGCGCACCACGUCGAGCUCGGACUGCUUGUCAUCGAGGCCGGCCUUUCAUUCAACGACCCCACCCCUCUUGGCGGCUACAUUUCAAAGGUUGAAGCCAUGCUCGACCGCCUUCACCCACCCACCUCGACCAUUGCCGGUCCGACGACGUCUACAAUGACCCAGCUCCAGGUGCAGCAGAACCGCGACGCCGCAGCCCACAACCAGGCCGUCCGUCGUGACGUCGGUGUCAAGCUCCGCGUCGCCCGUGCCGUGGCCGCCCUCGCCCAAAAGGACUAUCAGCGCGCUGCACGCGAGCUGGGCGAAAUCUCCGAGGAAGGCGGUCUGCAAGACUGGGAAGGCGAGGUCAUCUCCACUUCCGACGUGGCUCUCAUCUGCGCCAUCUGCACGCUGGCCACGGGCUCGCGCGACCACACCCGUCGCGUCCUCCUCGACCGCGCCAGCUUCCACGCCGCUGUCGGCGACAGCCAGGGAUGGAUCUUUGACCUCGUCCGCGCCUUUGUCGACGCGCGCUACGGCGAGGCCCUCGGCAUCCUCCGCAAGGCCGAGCCAUACAUGAUCCUCAACCCGCUCCUCUCCCCACACGCCGCCCAGCUCAUCUCCAUGAUCCGCACGCGCGGAAUCGUCCAGUACCUCUCGCCCUUUUCCUCUGUCCGCAUCCCCGCCAUGGCCGACGCGUUUGGCGCAGACGAAGACGCCAUGCUGGCCGAACUGUGCGACCUGGCCGAGAGGGCCGAGAUCCGCGUCAAGGUCGACCUCGUCGACCGCGUCCUCACCAUCAAGGAAGAGGAUAAGCGCGCAGACGCGUUCCGCUCGGCCCUCGAGGGCGGCUCGGCCAUCUCGGCCACCGUCCAGGCCAACACGUUCCGCAUGCGUCUCAAGGAGGCCGGCGUCGUCAUCGACCCUGCGCCGCGCGAAGACAGGGACGGCAAGAAGGGCGGCGGCGGCGGCGGCGGCGGCGGUGGCAGUGGCGGCGGCCGCGACCGUGACCGUGACCACGAGCGUGAGGGUAAUGGUGGUGGACCAGCGUGGAGCACCAAGCUCCGCAAGGCUACUGUGUCAUAG